AUGGCUGGGCGUGGACUUUUAGCUGCAGGUUUGGUCCUCCUCCUCGCCGCCGUCGCCCCGGCCUACGCCACGGACUACACCGUCGGCGACUCGCCGGGCUGGGCUAGCGGCGUGGACUACAGCACCUGGGCAAGCGACAAGACCUUCACCGUCGGUGACACGCUCGUGUUCCAGUACGGCGCCUCGCACAACGUGGCGGAGGUGGGGUCGUCGGACUACAGCGCCUGCUCGGCCACCAACUCCAUCCAGUCGUUCAGCGACCAGGACACCAAGAUCACGCUCACCAAGCCCGGCACGCGCUACUUCAUCUGCGGCGUCAGCGGCCACUGCUCCGGCGGCAUGAAGCUCGCCGUCAAGGUCGCCCCCGCAGCCACCGCCACGCCCACCCCGGCCACCUCGCCGGACGCGCCUUCGGCGACACCCUCCACGCCUUCGGAGACGCCCUCGACGUCCACCACCCCGGCCGGGGCGACAACGGCGCCUUCCUCGUCCAAAUCAGCGGACAGCGUUGGCGGGGCCAGCGGUGUCGAGGCCCGCUCCGUGAUGGGCUCUCUCGUUGGGGCCGCGGGCCUUGUCGGCCUCGCCCUGAUGGGCUAG